AUGGCGAACAAUCACGCAGAGGAUGAACGGCCAACCGACGCCCCCACAGAGAACGAGAAGGAAACCCAGCACCAAACCCAGAACGAAAAACACCUCGACAAAACCACCAGCAAUGAAUACAUCGACGAAGAAGCCGGCCUCGAGUCCGACGAACUCUCCCGCACAGCAACAAACGCCACCAACGUCAGCCGCCUCGCCGCGCGCACCCUCUCCCUCGUCCGCACCCGCGAAUCCGGCAAAGACAUCGGCCCUCCCCCAGACGGGGGCUUCACCGCAUGGUCGCAGGUCGCGCUGGCGCACUUCGUCAUCUUCAACACGUGGGGCUACAUCAACAGCUUUGGCGUCUUCCAGAGCUACUACACCGAGGCACUAGACCGGGCCCCGUCGGACAUCUCCUGGGUCGGCAGCAUCCAGAUCUUCCUGCUCUUCUUCAUCGGGACCUUCUCCGGCCGCGCCACGGACGCAGGCUACUUCAAGGCGAUCCUCACGGCCGGCGCCCUGCUCGAGGUCUUCUGCAUCUUCAUGACCUCGCUCUGCACCGAGUACUGGCAGCUGUUCCUGGCGCAGGGCAUCGGCCAGGGCAUCGGGUGCGGGCUGAUGUUCUGCCCGACGAUCGCGCUGAUGCCGACGUACUUUACGCGCAAGCGCGCCCUCGCCAUCGGCAUCACGGCGUCCGGGUCCGCCACAGGCGGACUGGUCUUCCCCGCCGUGGUGAUGCGGCUGCUGCCGCAGUUGGGGUUCGGGUGGACGAUGCGCGUGCUGGGGUUCAUCUCGCUGGCGACGCUGACGCCGUGUCUGGUGUUUCUGAAGCAGCGGCUGCCGCCGCGGCGGAGCGGGCCCCUGGUGGAAUGGGGCGCGUUCCGCGAGCUGCCGUAUACGCUGUUUGCCAUCGGCAUGUUCCUGAACUUCUGGGGCAUCUAUGUCGGGUUCUUCUACAUCGGGAGCUUCAGCCGGAACAUGAUCGGCGUGUCGCAGGAGACGUCCAUCGACGUGAUCCUGGUGAUGAACGGCAUUGGGUUGCUGGGCCGACUGGGUCCGAACUAUCUGGCGGAUCGGUUCACGGGCCCGCUGAACAUGCUGCUGCCGUUUAGUCUGGCCACGGGGGUGAUCUCUUACUGCUGGGCCGGGGUGGACAGUGUUUCGGGGCUGUACGCGUGGAGCGCGUUCUACGGGCUGGCGGCGGCGGGGAUUCAGUCCUUGUUCCCGGCUACGCUUAGCACGCUGACGACGGAUUUGAAGAAGACGGGGGUGAGGAUGGGGAUGGUGCUGAGUGUGGUGGGGGUGGCGGCGCUGAUUGGAUCGCCUAUUGCGGGGGCGCUGGUGGAGAAGGCUGAUGGGCAUUAUCUGUAUGCGCAGAUGUUCAUGGGGACGGUGAUUGUGGCGGGGAUGUUGACGUUGAGUUGUGCGCGGUUGGCGAAAUUGGGAAAACCAUCUCCCAUUCAUAAACUCAACAUGGCGCCCCGAGGUCGCGGUGGAAAGUUCUCCAAGCCCAGCCGAGGCGGUGGAAAGCACUUUAGUCGUGAUGUCCAGCCCGUUGACAAAAACGGGAACCCUGUUGGUCUUUGGAGGGACCCCGAAGACGCAAUCCCCUCCUCCUCCGAAGGCGAAGAUUCCUCCCAAGAAUCCAGCUCCGAAGACGAAGACGAAGACGAAGCCCCCACCACCGCAGCAGGCUCCUCCAGCGCCGCCGCCGCCGCAGAACUAACCCGCGAAGAGCGCCGCGCAGCAGCCAAAGCCAAGAAACGCGCCGCCAUCGCCCGAAAGAACCAAGUCCAACCAGGUGACCUCCCCUCCUCAGACGAGGAAGACGACGACGCCGACAACACCAAAGCAGAGGGAGAGGGCGACCUCCCCGCCAACCCCAACCACACGGCCAAAUCCCGCUCCCAGCUAGAAGCCAAGAACGACGACGAAGACGCGCCGGCGAAACCGGCCGCUGCUGCCGGCGGCGGGGACCUGUCGCAGCUGUCGAGGCGGGAGCGGGAGGCUAUCGAGGCGCAGCAGGAGAGGGAGCGGUAUAUGAAGUUACAUGCGGAGGGGAAGACGAACGAGGCGCGUGCGGAUCUGGCGCGGUUGGCGAUCGUGCGGGAGCAGCGGGAGGCGGAGCGCGCGCGGAAAGAGGCGGAGAAGGAGGAGAAGGCCGAGUUGGCGAAGCAGAGGGUGGCGGAGAGGGAGGCCAAGUUGCAGAAGGGGGGGAAGAAGGGGGGGAAUAAGAAGAAAUGA